AUGGAUAGAUAUACCCAUUUCGAAGAUUUAUCAAAUGAAAUUUUCUUCGAAAUAUUUGAUUAUUUACAUGCACUUGAAAUUUUUACUAGUUUUACUUCAUUAAAUAAACGUAUUUCGUCUAUAUUACAAUCAAUUCCACUUCGUAUUGUUGUUUUAUAUAAUCAUUCUCGUCGUCAAGUUGAUUUUAUUUCUUCUCAUCUUACUUUUCAUGCUCAUCAAGUUAUUUCGAUAGAAGUUUAUGAUAAAAUUCGUGAUUAUACAUCUAUUAUUGAUUUAUUAUUUAAUCGACACAAUUUUAUUAAUCUUGAAUCAUGUCUUUUGGUUGCAAAUAGUUCGAUAACGAAACUUGAAAAUGUUAUUAAA